UAGUAAUUAGAUUAUCGACCAAUAUUUAUUUUACAAAUUUUACAAUAUGAAAUUAACACAAAUAUAAUUUCAUGAGCUAUCUACUACAUAAUUACUAACUGCUAUCGUGAUUUGCAGUAUAGAAUGAUAUAAAUAGCAAGGACCCAGAUUACAUGGACGGACAAUAAUAAACAUGAAAAUAAUUGGUUAGUUCUUACGUUCAGAGUAAAAAUUUGCGUAUAUCAUUACGUCAUGGCCGUGUACUACGUCGAGAAUACCGGCUGGUUCGCCACAUAUUUGCAAUUAAGCGGUAACGAGCGCGACAGUACGAAUGAUUCACUACGAGCUUAAUUGUUGGUUCACUAAGUGCCUACAUAAUUGCGAAUAGACGUAGCCGCGAGGAUUCGCCUUCGCCGGGCGUUGACUUAUCUGAUAGGAAUCCGGUAAAGUGAGUAAUAGAUGAAAUGAUCGAGAGCGUCUCGCGGCGUGCCUUCAGUAGUUCAAGUGGCACUUACAACGUGCGUGCUUCCGAGCUCGCAAGAGAACGGAAGCUCAAUAUUUUCAAUGUCACUGUGCAGUUUUUGGACGAGACCCAGCAUUCGUUUCAAAUCGAGAAAAAAGCCAAAGGAAGUGUCCUGUUAGAGCAAGUCUUUCUCCACCUGGAAUUGGUUGAAAAAGACUACUUUGGUUUACAGUUCACUGAGAAUGGUGCCGCACCGAAUGCCACAAAUACUGAGAUAACGCGUUGGCUGGACAGCAGUAAGUCUGUGAAGAAACAAGUGGGAACUAAUGCACAAUUCUGGCUCGCUGUACGCUACUACCCUCCUGAACCAUCCAGACUAGCAGAAGAGUAUACUCGUUAUCUUCUCUGUUUACAAAUUAGAAAGUUAUUACUGGACGGAAGAAUGGCCGCCCCAAAGAACACCAUGCUAUUGUUAGCAUCAUUUACAGUGCAAGCGGAAAUUGGCGACUACAACGUAUCAGAGCACCCACCAAAUUACCUAUCAGAAAUGUGCCUACUAGUGAAGCAGAGUUCCGAAGACGAGCGUAAAAUACGGGAACUCCACAAACUGCAUAAAGGGCAAGCCCCUGCCGAUGCCGAGGCUAACUUCUUGGAGCAUGCUAAACGCCUCGAUUAUUAUGGUGUUGAAUCACAUCCGGCUAAGGAUUACCACGGUAAGGACAUACUUAUUGGCGUAACGUCAAUAGGCAUUGUAGUCAUCCAGAACAACAUAAGAGUGAACACAUUCUCUUGGAAUAAGAUCGUCAAGAUCUCAUUCAAGAAGAAGCAGUUCUCCAUACAGUUGAAAAGAGAACCAUCCGAGUCCUACGACACGUUGCUAGGGUUCAAUAUGCGUUCGGCCCGCGCCGCUAAAGCCCUGUGGCGGUGCAGCGUGGAGCGGCACGGGUUCUUCCGGCUGCGGGCCCCGCGGCGCCGCCCGCUGCUGGGCGCCCUGGGGGCUCUCGCCGGCCUCGCCGCGCCCACCGUGCCGCGCACGGAGACACAAGCGCUCGAAGACGCCCGCAGGUCACGAUCAUCCAACAGGAGUUUUGUUAGACGCAGCAGUUCACGCAACCGCGAGCGGUCAGCAGGCACGUGCGCACCAAGUGCCGUCGCCGUCACCGGCGCUGGUAUGAAUGGUGGUGGUACAGCCUCACCGGGCGGUCCCAUGUCACUGCGAAGCGCUCGAGUCACCGGACACGGCGAGCCUCCGCCGCGGGCGGCCUGGACCGACGAGCCCGCCCACAACGACGAUGAAGACGACGGCGGAUUCCUCGAACGCGCGCUCCGCGUCCCGCUCUCGUACGUGGACGAGUCGGAGUCGUCGGAGGGCGAGGGCGGGGUGGGGGGCGGCGCGGGGGGAGCGGUCGAGGAGGCGGAGGAGGAGUGCGAGGGCGGGCGGACGCGCGUGCGGCUGCGGGCCGGCACCGACGGACGGUUCGGGUUCAACGUGCGCGGCGGCGGCGGCGCGCCCGUGCUCGUCUCCAGGGUGGCGCCGCGCCGCGCGCAGCUGCAGGAGGGGGACCAGGUAAUAUCAAUAAACGGGACUGAUGUGGACGAUUUGACGCACGAGCAAGUUGUCCAACUCAUCAGGAACACGAGAGGCAUCCUCACAUUAGUUGUUAAACCGAAUGCGGUGUACGAGCCCGAAGAUGGUGGUCCAGAGGAGCCUGCCGUGUGCUUCGUGCCUCUCGCCGCUGACUCAGCACAACUUGAAGGCGACGCGUUACAACAGUCUAUGCUAUUACUAGGUGAUGGUUUGGCCAGUGGAGCUGCGUUGAAACAAUACGAAACAUUACUACGGCGGCUGCCCGAGGAGCCAUCCCUUAUGUCUAAAUUGCCGCACAAUCUCAACAAAAACAGAUAUAGAGAUAUAGCGCCGUAUGAUUCAACCCGCGUGAUCUUGCAAAACGGACCGACCGGCGACUAUAUCAAUGCUUCGUAUAUAAACAUGGAGAUACCUAACUCAGAUCUCGUAACUCAGAAUAUACAUUAUUUAAAUUAUUAACGUACUCAAGGUCCACUAGCAUCAACAGUUGGCGACUUCUGGCAAAUGGUGUGGGAGAGUGAGAGCAGCCUCAUAGUAAUGUUGACAGUGUUGGCCGAGAGAGGGCGCGCCAAGUGUCACCAAUAUUGGCCCAAAGUUGGCACCUCGUUAAAAGCAACCAACUCGCUCACAGUGCAUACAAAUACUGAACAUAAUUUAGGACAUUAUACGAGAAGAGAAAUGUCUCUAAAGGAGGCGGGCGGAGGCAGUCGAGCGGUGACGCAGCUGCAGUACACCGCGUGGCCGGACCACGGGGUGCCCGACGAUGCUGCCGCUUUCAUCGCCUUCACCGCCCUCUGUGCGCAUCUGAGGACGCAUCGAGCUGUAAUACCAACAGUGGUUGAAGACUCCAACGGCGAAGAGGAGAGACUGCUAGAUCCACCGAUGAUCGUGCACUGCUCAGCCGGAGUGGGGAGAACCGGGGCGCUGAUACUAGCGGAGACGGCCAUCGAGUUACUGUCGCGGCGACAGCCUUUGUAUCCACUUGAUUUAGUCCGCGCCAUGAGAACCCAGAGGCCUAUGUGCAUACAGAAUGCGGGUCAAUAUAAGUUUGUAUGUGAAAGUAUACAGGCUGCAUACGCGCGGGGUCUAACUAAAGCGCCUUCAGAGAAUGAUUCCGACUGAUCUCAUCUUCAUGGGUCUUGCCAAGUUUUCAAUUUUACAUAUUGGCCACAUGGAAGCCGGUGACCAAAGUGAAUUAAAAAAAAGAAGUUUCGCAACCAAGUGAAUUUGAAAAAAGAAUACUUUAUUCUUAUUUUAAAAUUUGAUUUGAAAAUUAAGUUGAAGUAGAAGAUGUAUUUUGUUGUACUAGCAUUUUUGAUAGGUUUUAUUAUUCAUCGAACAGGAGGCUUAUUCUCGAAUAAUUGACUCCAAAACAUAUCAUAAUAUAUUAAUGUUACACUUAUGUUCAAUUAUUUAUUUUAGAUGUAGUAUUAGAUUUAGUGUUCUGUGAUUAUUUUUAUAAGUUCUAUGUAGUGUGUAAUAGUGAAAUCUUGCCUUUCUAACGAAUUUAAUAACCAAUUUUACUUAAUAACAAUGUAAUUUCGUAACUAUCUAACUAUAUACCCUUAUUUCUUAAUCUGUGCCAUCUAUAUGUUAAAAAAAUGUACAUUUAUUAAGAUAUGUAUAUGAUUCAUUCAAUAGUUGAUUUAUAUAAUUUUGUAACUCGUAAUGUAAAUGAUAGGUUUAUAUAAUUUUCAAAUAUCUAUAUAUCAAUUUGAAGUAAUACAAAUGAAGUGUUCUUUACGGAUAAGAAUGUGGGACCCAAUAGCUAGCGUGUAGUCGUCGCUAGCGUAAUACGUAACAUGUAGUUAUAAGAAAAGUCCACGUGCGUGGAUUAUACGAAUAUUAGUACUUUGUCACAAUUACAAUAUUUAUAAUUCCAAACAUUCUUAAAUGAUUAUUUAAUAAGGUCAUUGUGACAAGGUACACAGUGAAACAUAUGUUAUACUCACAACAUUGAAGGUCACACAUAUAUUUUUUUACAGCAAAGUAACUCAGGUACGAAUAUCAAAUAUUGUUAUCACGAUUUAUACCUUUCGAAUAUUUA